AUGCCACAUACUCAGGUCUUGAUUGCCGGUGCUGGACCUACUGGGCUUGUACUCGCUCUUAGUCUGGUUCAGAGCGGCAUAUCUGUCCGUAUUAUCGAGAAACUCGACAACCCAUCUGAUGCGCAACGCGGUGUUGGGGCUCAGCCUCGAAGCCUCGAGAUCUACAAGUUCUUGGGCAUUCUGGACGAUCUCCAAACGGUUGGAAGGCCGGUCUUAGACAUGAAGCACUAUGACUCCGAAGGACGCCUAGUCGCAGUGAAGCCACUUAAUCCCGAGAAUACUAAACCCACACCAGAUCGACCGUUCGCGACGCCUUAUAUGAUUGGCCAAGAACGGUUUUGCCGUGUGUUGAGGGAACAUCUAAAAAAUUCAAACGUUGAAGUCGAAUUUUCCUCGGAGCUUCUGUCAUCGGAACAACGCAACGACGAUGUUAUUUCGAUCAUAAAGACAGGAAAUCAGACAGAGUCCGUCGAGAGUCUGUUUGUCGUCGGCGCUGAUGGAGCUCGAGGCUCUGUACGCAGACAACUGGGCCUCAAGUUCCUCGGAGAGAGCAAAGAUGACUUUGUCUUGGCUGUUGGAGACAUCCAGAUGACCGGAAGCGUGGACAAAGAGUACGGGAGUAUAUUUGGGGCCCCACCUAACGACAUGAUCGCUAUACUGCCCACACAACGCGCUCUCGAUGAAGAUGUCUAUAUGUUUAGGGCAUCGGGUCCUGGACUCGAUGUCGAAAGAGCCAUGGUCGACCAUGAACACUUUUUCGAAUUCAUACGCAAGACUACAAAGAUUCCGGACCUCAAGUUUGGCGAUGUGAAGACCCUGAGCAGCUAUAAACCGAACAAUUUCCGUGUGGUCGACACGUUCAGGAAGGGACGGAUAUUUGUUGCAGGAGAUGCUGCACACAUUCACAGCGCUACCGGGGAUCAAGGUCUGAACUCUAGCGUCAUGGACUCCUUCAACCUCGCCUGGAAACUUGCCCUCGUCAUUAAAGGAUUUUCUCCUCCCACCCUCCUCGACACCUACACCGAAGAACGUCUCCCCGUCAUUCAGCAUAUGCUACAGUUGACGGCUAGCUUGCUGCAAAAACAAAUCGAUCCCAACCGCAAAGGAUCCUCUAUGGAUCGACCAUCGAUCUUAUACCAACUUGGCGUCAAUUAUAGGUCGAGCUCUAUCGUUUUAGACGAAUUUCAAGAGGAAGAUCCUGCGAAAGCUACAGUUACCAGCCCAUACGAAUCGGAUGGCGUCUUGAGAGCCGGGGACAGGGCUCCGGACGCUCCUCACCUUCUGAAUGUUCGUACUCAGAAGGAAACGGCUGUAUUCGACAUCUUCCGCCCCUUCCUCCACACCGUGCUCCUUCUCAAAACUGUCGACGGCGACGACGCCGAUGUCGGGAACACUUCCAAGUACGUUGGGAACCUUCCCCAUGGCGUCCUUCAAACGGUGGUUAUUUACGCUAAAGGCACCCAUGCCUCCUCGAGCGUCAUCGACGCAGACUUAAUGCUGGAGGAUAGGUUAGGUCAUGCGUUUGAUGCGUAUUCCCAUAAGGGGCAGAGUAGGAUUGUAAUUGUCCGUCCGGAUGGAUACGUCGGAGCUAUCGCACGCGGCGUCGAGGGUGUUCAGCAAUACUUCUCGAAGGUAUUUGACAGCGUUUAAAAGUAAUGUACUUGCUGCUAUAAGUCCUUCUUUCUCCUCCUGUAUUCUUGCUGUAUUCUUUAGUGUACUCUGCAUUUCAAAUUUGCUACCAGACUCCACUCAUCAAUCCGUUCUCUCAUUGGUAGCACUACUCUCUCCACUCAUAUACUUAGCUUUCUGAAAAUGCGAUCUAUAC